GCUCAUGCUGCUUCUCACGGUGGUGACAUCCGCCUCCAGAGUGGCUGGGAUUGACCUUCACGUCAUUGCUCGUGGGCUGAGCGUGAAGCAGGACAGGGCUGGUCCAAGGCAUGGCACCACCUCCGAGCCCGAGCUGUUGCAAAUCCCAGAGAUCCGUCUCUCCAACGGGCCCAGUCGGUGCCAGGGGCGGGUGGAGAUCCUCUACAACGGCUCCUGGGGGACGGUCUGUGACGACGACUGGGACAUCGUGGAUGCCAACGUGGUGUGUCGCCAGCUGGGCUGCGGCCAUGCCAUCACCCUCCCGGCUGCCAUGACCUUCGGCCAGGGGAGCGGGCCCAUCUUCCUGGACAACGUGGACUGCAAGGGCUGGGAGGCAGCUCUGAGCGAGUGCUGGAGCCACGGCUGGGGCAUCCACAACUGCUACCACUAUGAGGACGUGGCUGUCGUGUGCAAUGAGUUCUCACCCACGCAAGCCAGCGAAGGACCGACCACCAGGACCCUCACAGCCCUGGUACAGGAUGGGGAAAGUGACGGCAGCAUCCGUCUGGUGAGCGGGCCCGACACCUGCCAGGGCCGGGUGGAGAUCUUCUACCGCGGGAACUGGGGCACCGUCUGCGACGACGACUGGGGCCUGAGUGACGCCAGCGUGGUCUGCAAGCAGCUGGGCUGUGGGCAGGCCCUGGAUUACAAGAGCAAUGCCUACUUUGGCUAUGGGACAGGGCGCAUCCUCCUGGACAAUGUCAACUGUGAUGGCAGCGAGCCCUUCCUCUCCGCCUGCUACAGCCUCGGCUGGGGCAUCCACAACUGUGGCCACCACGAGGAUGCCGGGGUCAUCUGUGCAGGGCUGGACACAUCCACCAUCACAUCAUUCACCACCUCGGUGGCCCUGGGCUCCGAGGAGACACUCACAGCCACGGCCACAGUGACAGACGGCGGGGACCAGCCCUCCCAGGCCACUGAGGUGGUCACCACCAUGCUCCUGACUGUCGAGCAGGAAAGUGGCGGCGUGCGGCUGGCGAACGGGAACGGGAGCUGCCGCGGGCGGGUGGAGGUGCGGCACCGCGGCACCUGGGGCACCGUCUGCGACGACGACUGGGACUUCCCCGACGCCCAGGUGGUGUGCCGGCAGCUGGGCUGCGGGGCCGCCCUCGCCGCCACCGUCCUCGGCUCCUUCGGCUACGGCAGCGGGCCCGUCCUGCUGGAUAACGUGGGAUGCGGCGGCGGCGAGGCUCGCCUGGCCGACUGCUUCCACCUGGGCUGGGGGCAGCACAACUGCGGCCACCACGAGGACGCCGGGGUCAUUUGCCGAGGUGCUGAUGACACUGGAGACCAUUUCCAAGAAGCCACUGCUACGACCACCACGUUGGUCCCAACUCGUCCCAGGGAGGGGUCCCUGCGCCUGGUGAACGGCAGCCACCGGUGCGAGGGGCGCGUGGAGAUGUUCUACCUGUCCCAGUGGGGGACGGUGUGCGACGACGCCUGGGACCUGCGGGACGCCAAGGUGGUGUGCAGGCAGGUGGGCUGCGGGCACGCCAUGGCAGCCUGGGGGGAGGCCCGGUACGGCCAGGGCACGGGCUACAUCUUCCUCGACAACCUCAAGUGCAAGGGCCACGAGCCCUCGCUGCUGCGCUGCUCCCACAUCCGCUGGGACGUCCACAACUGCGACCACUCCGAGGAUGCCGGUGCUGUCUGUGACAUCCUAUGA